GACCAAAUCAUUUUUGGAACUUGUAUCUUUCGGGUUUAUAUUGCUUAUGAUUAUGGAGGACAAUCAUAAAAUCAAGCUUAGAGCCUGCAUCCAGGAGAAGCAGGACAAUCGUCGUCGAGAAAAUGGCUCAUUAAAAAAGAUUGCGAAGUUUUUCAGCAAAGUCCGCGCUCGUGAAAAUCGGAAGGCCAAGUCGAAGACAAAACAUUUUUCACACCGGUGUGGAAGACUACUACGAAAGAUUUUUCUUUGCUGCCCAUCGAACGAGCUAGAUGACGACUUUCUUUCGACAUUGAACGGUCCAAAUGUUCCUGGACCUUCUGCCCGCAAUGCCAUUAUAAACAAGGAUGAAGUAUUCAAUCCUGAUUUCGGGUCACCGAGACGACAUCCAAAAUCUGUUGGACAAGAUGGCAUCUCCCUCGAUGACAUUUUCCUUUGUCUUCCACCAGACGAGAUAGAUGUUGGUCUUCUUUUGGCAUUGAAAGGUCCGAAUGUUCCUGGACCUUCUGUUUACAAAGGCAUUAUUGACAAGGAUGGAGUAUUCAUACCUGAUUUCGGGUCACCGGGAAGACAUCCCAACCUUUUUGGACAAGAUGGCAUCUCCUUAGAUGACGAAACGCCACCUCUGGAAAUCGAAAUUCCUUUUGCCAAGUAUGCAGAACAAAGACUGUCGUUGGACUGGUGGGAUAAGAUGGAUUCAAUGGUUGAUAAGAAAGAACGGAAAACGGACAUGAAAUCGAAUCAAGCGAAUGUUAAAAUAUUCUUAUAAGACCGUCCUGCUGCGAAUAAAGUGUCAACACAGAAAAAGGG